AUGGGGAGCUCUACUCCGCCACGCUCAAUAACUUCCUGGGGACGGAGCCGGUGGUCCUGAGGAACGUGGGGGGGCACUACUCCAUGAAGACAGAGUACCUGCCGUCCUGGCUCAACGAGCCUGAUUUCGUGGGCUCCUCCUUCGUGUCGGAGAGUGUGGACAGCCCGAUGGGAGACGAUGAUAAGAUCUACUUCUUCUUCAGCGAGCGUGCCGUCGAGCUGGACUGUGACAGUGAGCUGGUGGACAGAGUCGCCCGCGUGUGCAAGGGCGAUGUGGGAGGGGCCCGCACUCUUCAGAAGAAGUGGACCUCGUUCCUGAAGGCUCGCUUGCUGUGCUCCCUCCCGGAGAGGCAGGUCCACUUCAACAAGCUGCAGGCCGUGUUCACGCUGGGGGAGGACGGGGGCUGGCAGCACACCUCCUUCUACGCAGUGUUCAGAGCGCAGUGGGGUGAUGUGGACGUCUCCGCUGUGUGUCAGUACCACAUCGAUGACAUCAAGAAGGUUUUCGACGGCCCCUACAAGGAGUACCGUGAGCCGGCACAGAAGUGGGGGCGUUAUACCAACCAGGUGCCCCGUCCUCGACCUGGAGCGUGCAUCACUAACUGGCACCGGGAGUCCGGGUUCAACAGCUCCCUGCAGCUUCCUGACAACACGCUGAACUUCGCCAAGAAACACCCGCUGAUGGACGACAAGGUGAGCGCUCGCCCCCUGCUGGUCAAGAAGAGCAUCAACUUCACGCAGAUCGCUGUGGACCGCGUCUCCGCCAUCGACCACCGCCGCUACGACGUGCUGUUCAUCGGGACAGCGGAGGGCUGGUUGUACAAGGCAGUGAGUCUGGGUUCAGAGGUCCAUGUGAUUGAGGAGCUGCAGCUGUUUGAGGAGCCUCAGCCAGUGGAGAGCCUCUCCAUCUCCCACAAAGAGAAGCUGCUCUAUGUGGGCUCUCGUUCCGAGGUGCUGCAGCUCCCCCUGGCUGACUGUGGGAAGUAUCACUCCUCUGCAGACUGCACGCUGUCCCGGGACCCCUACUGCGCCUGGGACAGGGAGGGCAGAAGCUGCGUCCGAACAGACAAGCACCCCAGCCUCUCCUCCCUCGAUCAGGACAUCCUACAGGAAGGGUUCAAGGUGCAGGCGCGCGCCAAAUUUGAACAGAGUCCCAUCACAAACUCUGACAAAGCCAAGCUGAAGAACGUGACGGUGGUGGUGGGCUCGGACCUGGUCCUCCCCUGCCAGCUGAUCUCCAACCUGGCGCGGCCCCUGUGGCUCUUCAACGACCUGAAGCUGGUCCCGGGGCGGGGCGUCCGGGUGGAGUCCCGGCUGGGGGCCCUGGUCAUCGAGGGGGCGGGCGCGGGGGAGGCGGGGCGCUACACCUGCCUGUCCCAGGAGAGAGGGGAGCGUUUCCUGGCGGAGCGCUACGUGGUCUCUGUGGUGGCCAGCGCCCCAGUGUUCAUGGAGGCGCGCGCUCCGGACGGGAGCUUGGGGCUGGUGUGGGUGCUGGUCAUCACGCUGGCCUCGGCCUGCCUUCUGCUGCUGGGCUCCGUGCUUUACUUGCGCAGGAGGCUGAAGCAGGGCAAGGACUCAGAGCUCAUGAAACCCCUGGAGAGCACGCUGGUCUACCCCAUCACCCUGCCCCGGGAGCCGACCCACUUCGUACGCAGCAAAGGCUCGGACUCGGAGCUGUGGGACACCGGGAAUUAUUACUACUCAGACGGCUCUUUGAAGAUAGUUCCCGGCCACGCCCCGUGUCCCAGCGCAGCCCCGGGUAGCGGGAUCCCCGGCCAGCCCCUCCCCAGCACCGCGGCCCUGCACUCCCCCAACCGGCUCAGCCUGGGGAACAUCAGGGGCUCCGGCAGCAACGGCUACAUCCGGCUGAACCUGAGCAGCGCAGGGGAGGAGCGGGCGGAAUUCAGCGCUCCCUUCACAGAGGAGCUGAGGAAGACUCUGCAGCAGAGGAGCGUGCUGCCCGACACCAACCCAGAGGAGUCUUCAGUGUAGCUCCUCCCAGACCCUCCUGCCCCCUCUCCCUCCCUCCUCGUCAUCCUCUCUCUCUCUGUCUCUCUCUCUCCGUGGGAGCGGGACACAGACGCCUUGCCCGCCUCGAUCACGCCACUGCUGCCUCUGCAUCUUUUUCUGCACUUAGGUUUUGUUUAAUGAAACGGAAGCGAAGGCGUUUUUUUUUUUUUUGCAAACCGUGUGAGAGAAGAUGUUUUUAAACAGCAGCCAAAAACGCGAGGCCUGGGAGAGUUUUUGAGGGGUGUUUCGGAAAGGAGUUUGGGGGGCUGACAUGGGACGUUUUUUCUUUUUUUAAAUGAAGUGUUUUUUUAAAACGACAAAAAAAGAGAGACUGUUCUGUUUUAAUUCUUGUUUUGUAUAUGUUGGGACAUUUUCACGUGUUUGGUUCAUUCGUCGCUCCCCUUUCUGUGUUUUGAUUGUAUGUGUGCUCAUGUCUGUACAGUGUAUAAAUAUCUAAAUAUUGAAUUGAUGUCCUGCAUCGCGCCCGGGGUUUCAGGGAGCUCGACGAAGAACGCGGCUCCAGCAAUAACGAAAACCAAAAAAAAAAAAAAUGUUAUCUUUUAUCACAGAAGCCAAAACACAGCAAGAGAGAGAAACGAGAUUCAAUGCAAUACGAUCCGAAGCAACUCAACUCAGCCGCACGAGGCGAUGGAUGUUGACAGGAUAUUGAGACUCCUUUUAAGAGACGGGGGGCUGGAGCUCCACUGCGCCCCCUUGUGUGUUUCAUGGGCACUGCUUCCUGUCCAGGGCUGGGUCCAGCCUCGCUAUCCCUGCGAGGGAGGGGGUGCUCUGCUGGUGGAUUACGGUUUCUUGGCUCAUCGAUGACCCCCCCCCCCCCCCCCCCCCCCCGGUCAACCACGUCCGACACGGCGUCACUGCUGUGUUCACCUGUCCAGUCUGACUGCUUCACGAUAUGGGUUGUGGAAGACGCAGAAGACUGCGGUCUUGCAGGGUGACUAAACCGAGGAAGGACGCGGAGCGGGGGGGAUUCGAGGAUGAGAUCCAUCGAAGCCAGACUCCUCCAGGCACGGAAGGAAGCCGGGAUGUGGCGGUUUGGAAUGUUUUCCGUGCCAGGAGGCGGGGCAGUGCUGUUCUUGCAGUCGAUUUCCUGAAGGAUCUGGGAUGGUCAGGAACUGUCAGUCGAAAUGACAGCUGUUUAUUGAAAAAAAAAAAAAAUUGUGGAGGAUUUUUACAGAGGUUUCUAAUUCAAGAUCGCAGAAGAAAUGUUUUUUUUGAGACUCGUGUUUUAUUGUGUUUCUGUGUUCGCCACGCGCUCCGAGGUGUCCCGGGUUCAUCUUGAGAUUCUAGGAGCCCUCCCCCAGCUCUCUGCAAUGCGCUUCACAGAGCAGAGCUCAGGAACGCGAUCUAGAGAAGCACAGCCCGAGGUUUUGAUGUCUCUGCGUUGUACAGACGCUGUCAACGGGGACGCGAUUUUAAACACGCGCUUCACCGACACGCUCGCGUUGCUUUUUGUUUUUUGCAAACCUUUAUUUUGUUUUUAGAGGAUUUCAUUGUAUUGUAACUUAUUUUGCCUGUACAAAAUGUUCAAUAUUUAUUAUCCCUGUACAUAAUUCCUUAUUUUUUAUAUAUGAAUAAAAAGUUCGAGUCACUGA